CCGAGGGCCCAGGCGCUUAGAUUUGCAGCCUUGUAGUCCGGGUCGUGGGCAUGGUGGAUCCCCAGGCCUGCACUCCCUGUGACGCGUGUGACAUGCAGGGCUCUGUAGGUGGGCGCCCCUUCCUGGUGCUUUGGGACCUGUGUGAGGGCACGUGUUUGCGUUGCUGCGGGGGCAAGUCUCCGCUCUUUGCAAGUGAGAGGUAAGAGUCUCUUAGGGACCGCACGCAGGGCACACCCAGGGCACACCGCACUGGACCCCCGCCUGUGAAUCAUCACAUCCCGUAGAGGAUGGAGGAACUCUCUAUCUCUCAAAACAACUAAGACCUGGACACUUCAACACUCUGUCAAGUUGAACCCGUGGGAAGAUGGUUUGAAGCUUUUGUAAAGAGGAGAAACAGGAAUGCUUCCACCUCUUUUCAGGAACUGGAGGAUAAGAAAGAGUUAUCAGAGGAAUCAGAAGAUGAAGAAUUGCAGUUGGAAGAGUUUCCCAUGCUGAAAACACUUGAUCCCAAAGACUGGAAGAAUCAGGAUCAUUAUGCAGUACUUGGACUUGGCCACGUAAGGUACAAAGCUACACAGAGACAAAUCAAAGCUGCUCAUAAAGCUAUGGUUCUAAAACAUCACCCAGACAAACGGAAAGCAGCUGGUGAACCAAUAAAAGAAGGCGAUAAUGACUAUUUCACUUGCAUAACAAAAGCUUAUGAAAUGUUAUCAGAUCCAGUGAAAAGACGAGCAUUCAACAGUGUAGAUCCUACUUUUGAUAACUCAGUUCCAUCUAAAAGUGAAGCAAAGGACAAUUUCUUUGAAGUGUUUUCCCCAGUGUUUGAAAGAAAUUCCCGAUGGUCAAAUAAAAAAAAUGUUCCUAAACUUGGUGAUAUGAAUUCAUCAUUUGAAGAUGUAGAUGCAUUUUAUUCUUUCUGGUAUAAUUUUGAUUCUUGGAGAGAAUUUUCUUAUUUAGAUGAAGAAGAAAAAGAAAAAGCAGAAUGUCGUGAUGAGAGGAGAUGGAUUGAAAAGCAGAACAGAGCAACAAGGGCACAAAGAAAGAAAGAAGAAAUGAACAGAAUAAGAACAUUAGUUGAUAAUGCAUAUAGCUGUGAUCCAAGGAUAAAGAAAUUUAAAGAAGAAGAAAAAGCCAAGAAAGAAGCAGAAAAGAAAGCAAAAGCCGAAGCUAAACGGAAGGAGCAGGAAGCAAAAGAAAAACAAAGACAGGCUGAACUAGAAGCUGCUCGAUUAGCUAAAGAGAAAGAAGACGAGGAAGUCAGACAACAGGCAUUAUUGGCAAAAAAGGAAAAAGAUAUUCAGAAAAAGGCUAUAAAAAAGGAAAGACAAAAACUUCGAAACUCAUGCAAGACCUGGAAUCACUUUUCUGACAAUGAAGCUGAGCGGGUUAAAAUGAUGGAAGAAGUGGAAAAACUAUGUGAUCGGCUUGAGUUAGCAAGUUUACAGUGCUUGAAUGAAACACUUACAUCCUGUACAAAAGAAGUAGGAAAGGCUGCUCUGGAGAAACAGAUAGAAGAAAUAAAUGAGCAAAUUAGGAAAGAGAAGGAGGAAGCUGAGGCUCGUAUGCGUCAAGCAUCUAAGAAUGCAGAGAAAUCAACUGGUGGAGGUGGAAUUGGCAGUAAAAACUGGUCAGAGGAUGAUCUGCAAUUACUAAUUAAAGCUGUGAACCUCUUCCCUGCUGGAACAAAUUCAAGAUGGGAAGUUAUUGCGAAUUACAUGAACAUUCAUUCUUCUUCUGGAGUCAAAAGAACGGCCAAAGAUGUUAUUGGCAAAGCAAAGAGUCUUCAAAAACUUGACCCUCACCAAAAAGAUGACAUAAACAAAAAGGCAUUUGAUAAAUUUAAGAAAGAACAUGGGGUGGUGCCUCAGGCAGACAAUGCAACACCUUCGGAGAGAUUUGAAGGUCCUUGCACAGAUUUCACCCCUUGGACAACAGAAGAACAGAAGCUUCUGGAACAAGCUUUGAAAACGUACCCAGUAAAUACUCCUGAAAGAUGGGAAAAAAUAGCAGAAGCAGUGCCUGGCAGGACAAAGAAGGACUGCAUGAAACGAUACAAGGAACUUGUCGAGAUGGUGAAAGCAAAGAAAGCUGCUCAAGAGCAAGUGCUGAAUGCAAGUAGAGCCAAGAAAUGACUAUGACAAUCUUUGUUGUGUGUGCAUUUUUAUAAUAAAACUGAAAACACCAUACAA